AUGGAACGUGACUCCUCGUAUUCCACUUCUCCCCCUGUCCUCGAUGACGGCUCUCUCGAGCUCGGACAGGACGAUGACUGGUCAGGGAUAACUGAUCCCAAAGUGCGGAGAAAGCUGCAGAAUCGGUUGAAUCAGAGAGCGCAUCGAAAACGAAAGCUUGCUCAAAGUGAUGAAGUUACGGAGGGCGGACCCUCCGCACCCAAGACCCGAAACAAAACAAAACGUCCAAAAAGGUGGCUGUCCGCCGAGGAAGCUGAAGAUCUCUUGAAACAAUUUAGCACAUCCUCAUUCGAGAGUUAUGCGCAAGGGUCCCCUACAGGGGACCACCUAAUAAUACUCAGCAAGUUAAAUGUAUACCGCGCAUUUCUCCAAAAUCUCGCCAUACUUGGGAUAACACCUCACCGUGAUUGGACAUCGCGAAAGAUAACUCCCCCAUUCAAUGCUUGCACACCAGAGCAGAUUGAUGACCCAAAUCUGCCGGUCAGUCUACGGCCAACGCGAAUACAGUGCGAGAUUCCCCAUCAUCCGUGGCUAGAUUUCCUCCCUUUUCCCAAAAUGCGCGACAACCUGAUUUCUGCCCGUGAUGAGCUCGAUGACGGUGAAUUAUGUGUCGAUAUUAUGGGAUUCUGGGAUAUCUCGGCGAAGAGCUGUAGCUUGCUGGUAUGGGGGGAGCCCUCUGAUCCGAAGAGUUGGGAGGUCACGGAGGAGUUCUUAAAAAAAUGGCCGUGGGUGAUACGGGGAGAGCUGGGGUUAAUUGACUCUACGAAUUAUUGGCGAAGGAAGCGAGGAGAUGAGAUUAUUUUUCGUUACAUGAAUUAUUAG